UGUCGGAACUAAACAGUGUGACACCACACGGAUGUAAACAACGCGCUAGCAGCGUUAGCUUCAUCCAGGCGUUGAAAACAGCUGAUACAGUUAUCUAUUUAUUUAAUUUAUAAUUAAGCAACGAUGUCUUCGGUUGAGUAUUUGAGAGAGUUUGUCAGCGAGCGACUGACUGCUGCCGCUGAGGAAAUAUUCAAAGUUUUUAUAAAAACUAUCGUCGAGUACGAAGAAGAGAUCGACCGUCAGCGGAAACUGCUGCAAGCCGCCUGGAGACCUGAAGUGAAGCUACACCGGAUAGCUGAAGAGCCUUCACUGACCUGCAGCACAGUGGAGCAUGCAGGUGAACGUGAUGCCCCAGGACCCUCAACACCAGAAGAGACUAACUUCAACCUGAGCACAGAGGUCCCAGGACCGUCUCAGACCUGCACAGACGCGGAGGAUAACACCUGGACCUACUGCUUAGGUGAAACUGACUUCAGGAUGUCAGAGAUAAAAGAAGAGCAGGACAGUCAAACGCAGGAGAUCGUGAAGAGCGAGCAGGAUCAGCCGGAGACGCACGUGUCUUAUGAGAUGCAGCCUGUUUCUUCAGCCCAGAGCGAGGACGACGAUGGCGAUGAUGAUGAGGAGCUGAAGGAAAGCAAAGGAGAGCAGACUGAAAUGAUGCAACAGAAAGGAAAGAUAUUGCAAGGACAAAGCGGCAGCGUCGAUAAGGAGCGCCAUGACAAACACGAAAAGGGACGCAGUUUUUUGCAAAUAGAUUGCCCUGCGUGUGGGAUGGUAUGCCAGUCUCCAGAGGAGCUGGUAACUCAUUUAAAAGACGGCCACAACCAAACACAUCAUUGUAACAUCUGCGGUAAAACCUUUGCCAAUAUUCGUUGCCUCCGGCUGCACAAGAGAAUUCACACGGGCGUCAGAGAGUUCAAGUGCCAAGAAUGCGAUAAAACAUUUUAUAGAAAAGCGAAUCUGACCGUGCAUAUGAGGACCCAUUCAGGGGAGAAGCCGUAUCACUGUGAUGUUUGCGGCAAAGCAUUCAGUCAGAGCCAAAACCUUACCAUCCAUAAAAGAAGUCAUUCAGGGGAGAAGCCGUAUCAUUGCGGCCUGUGCGGCAAACUUUUCAACACGAGCAGUCACCUGAAAACACACAUGAGAUUCCAUUCAGGAGAGAAACCGUACCCGUGCGACAUCUGCGGGAAAAGCUUUCGCUACAGUGGAGAUUUGGUUAGACAUAAGACGACGCACGCGGCAGCUCCGUCACCAGGACAGGAACUCCAGUUUGGAUCAAGAGGCCCGAGAGCCUCCACAGAUUUAAGAGGAGCAGGAGGAACUCUGCACCAGCAGGGAGAGCAACUCUUUCAUGUACCACAGUGAGCCGAGAGAGCAGCAGCUC